AUGCUUCAAAGUCUUGUUUAAAAUGUUUGGAUUCCCACGAGGCCAGUUUGCGAGGAGAUUUGGGUAGGAAUGGGGUUGACGGGCUUUGUUGUUUUUAAAAUCAGGACUGCUGAUAAAAGAAGUAAAGCUUUGAAAGCUUUGAGUCAUGCACCUGCUCUAGGUCGUCAUUAACCAGGUUUCCCUGGAGCGCACA